GUCCCCCGAAAACCCGUGUAUUCAUGAUCACCGCACCCCCCUCUCCCACUGCGUUUUUAAAUAACAGAUAACAGUUUUUAUUACUAUUAUCCACGUCGCGACGUACCGACGACAGCUGCAUCAACGUCAUAAAAUAAUUCAAAAUAAUAUAUGACUGGUACCUACCUUAUAAUUAUCUUACCUCCAUGACUUGAAAUCGGUAUCGCAUUCCCUAUGCCAAAACGACCCACAUGGUAUUCAUAAACACAAUGUUUUUAAUAUUAUAAUAUCAUAUUGUUUCCGUCCAAUCGUUCGCGUUUUCCCGUUACGGGAGGUGCUCAGUCCAUGGACUCGCUGACUCCGACGACGCGGCACAUGGAAUUUACCAAUUUUUGAACAAACCGCGUACGGACAUUGAACGAUGAAGACCUCCACCGCCGUUGGGUUUGCGUUCUGCUGCUGUACACUGUCGCAGUUUAUACAAGUCUGUUCGUCCAUGCGUCUAGGCGACAUUUACCAGGGCUUACACGAUGCGAUGACGGUAGACGAGCUGAACUAUUACUUCGGAGUGUCCGAUCCAGCGGACGCACCCGAGUACGAGGUGGUCACGUUGUCUGAUCCUGCGGACCGACCGGAUUGCACGUUUUUUGCUUUUGGCAGAUUGGUCCAGUUGUUCUUGGAACCCAACGACCGUUUGAUUAGCGAAGAUUUUGUGUGGCAAAUACGGGACGAUUCGGAGUCGGUGACGUACGAGAAAAGGUCGCCAAGACGAUGUCAUUAUAUGCACCGGAUAAGUCAUACUGGUGACGGUGGCUUGACCGCAGCGUUUACUUACUGUCCGGGAAGCUCUAAAAACGGCAUUGUCUUCCUGCCAGAUGUCACGUACGAACUGCAGUCCGUAAGUGCCAGGCUUUGUCGGUAUCGGUGUGACAACGACGGUGAAAAUGCGUUCAUUUUGAAACGAGCGCCGACGAUAAACCACACGUGGACCGAUGGUUUCAAUGUAUUGCGAAGACCCAGUGAAAACUAUGCUUUCAUGUCACCAGACCUUUUUGUAGAGGACACGAAAUACGACGAGGAUGGAACGGCUGCGGCGGUGGAGGCAGCGGCAAUGCCCGUAUUGGAGACGGCGCUCUAUUUUGACGAAGCGGCGUACAAAACGUUUUCGGAGUACUUUAAACACGACGACGAACACCUCGCCGACAUGAUACUCGCUUACGUCAACGCCGUUCAAGUACUAUACCACCAUCCGAGCUUGGGACAAAAAAUCGAAAUCGUCUUGGUGAAACUGGAAAUGUUCAAAAAACAACCCAACGACUUGCCACAUUACGGCGGCGAGAGGAGUUCGUUGUUGGAUUCGUUCUGUGCUUACAAUAAGAAAUACCGAAAACAAGAACAAUGGGAUAUCGGACUCUAUAUUUCGGGUUUAGACUUUUACGCGAUGGAAAACGGACACUGGAGUGGCUCCACCAUGGGCCUGGCGACCGUGGGUGGUGUCUGUUCGGAGAAGUAUUCGUGCAUUAUCGCUGAGUUCGGUUCUACGGACGCGCUUGGAAAACCGUACCCGUCGGCGGGCUUUACUUCCGUAUACAUACUGGCCCACGAAAUAGGCCACAGUUUAGGUAUGCAUCACGAUGGCAAUACGAACAAUUGUCCGAAAGAAGGGUUCAUAAUGUCACCAUCGAGAGGGAUUACUGGCGAAUUAUUAUGGUCAGAAUGUAGUGCACGUGUUGCAACAAAUCUCAACAAUCUCGAAUGUCUCUUCAAGCAGUCCAGCAGUCGGCAUUCGGCCACGGUCCAAAAGUUGGAUCACAACAAAUUCGGCGACAAGCCUGGCCAAGCGUGGGACGCUAAAAAACAAUGCGAACUGCUGUUAUUGGACAACGACGCCCGGGUAAUGAGCACCGAAACGAAUUUGGACUCGUCGCGACAGCAGCCAGAAGAUAUAUGUGAAAAUUUGCAAUGUGAAACGCCAAACCGACCUGGAUAUUAUUUUGCUGGGCCAGCAUUAGAAGGAACCACGUGCGGACCCAGCUCGUGGUGCGAGGCGGGAAAAUGCGUUAAAGGCAAACCAAAAAAACCCAAAAAGAUCAUAAAAGGUGGAUGGAGUCUGUGGAAGGUGCACGAGUGUACGUCGGGGUGUAUACAUAAGUCAAAAGGUUUCAGAUCUAGGACGAGAACGUGCAACAAUCCGAAACCGAUAAACACGAACGAGGGAUGCGAGGGGCCCAGACACGAAGCCGUUCUCUGCAAAGACGACAAGACGUGCCACAAAUCCAAAAAGAUAUCUGCCGCGGAAUACGCGACGGCCAAGUGCAAGGAGUUGGCAUCCAUACUGCCGGCGUUGGACAAGGAGUACUCGGGUCUGCAGGCGCCUCACGAAGAUGCCCGCCCGUGGAUGGGGUGUUCGGUGUUCUGCCGGCGCAAGGACACCGGGUCGUUCUACACGCCCAGGUUGGACGUGUCAAACUUACCGGUCGAUCCGUACUUCCCUGAAGGAACUUGGUGUCACUCCGCGGACAACGACAACUAUUACUGCCUGAAUCACGUCUGCACGCCCGAGGACGAUUUGAAACGGUCGGGCAAGAGUUCGGCCGACCCGGGUGGCGACUUUCCUAUGAUCAGCCAGAACGCCCGACCACCGGGGCCUUACGUCGUACCGGAAGUCCUAUUGCGCUACUUGAGCGUGGGCGCCGACGGUACGCCUUUGCUGACUACUAUCACGCCGGACAUGGUCGACCCGACCGAUUUCGAAGACUGGUCGAGCGACGACUACGUGGACAUGCCAGACAGACCUUUGCAGCAGCACGUGCAGUAUGCCGUUAACAUGUGAUGAGCCCGCGACUAUGUCAACAUCGCAGAUGUCCAGUUUAAAAGGCAUUUACCUCAUACCGUCUACGGAUCAGCCAAAUAAGCAUUGAGCAAUACAAUAAUAAAUAAUGAUAAUAAUAACGAUAAUAGUUAAUAAUAUUUAAUAUGGAUUGACGUUUUAAAAAAUUUGAAAUCAACUUACGCUAUAAUAGUGAUCCUAACAAUUAUAUUAUAUGUUUAUCUGGUUACAUAACUAUUACUAAUGCGUAUACUUAUGUGAUAUUAUAUUAAAUGUACCUACUUACUGUGAUUGCAUUUCAGUUGGCUUUUGUGAUUUUGAAAAACUAUACUACGAUGAAAAAUAUAUUUUAUUUCGUAUAUUGACGACAGUAAUAGUAUUGUAGAGUUUAAAAUUUGAAAAUCACUAAAUUUAUCUGUAUUUAAUUGGUGCACCCGAUGAUUAAAUGUACCGCUCUGUAUGUGGGCACGUAUCACGUGGUUUUUUUUCUUAGUAUGACUUCAUUCGAUCGAUAUUUUGUUACGUCAUGUAAUUUGGGUGUCACAUGAUUUUGUAUAGAUAAUUCUUCGUUCGGGGUGAUGUAUGUAUAAUAUAUACGUUAUCAAAUUGUGUAACUAGAAACCAAAUUUUGCAAAAAUGUAUCACUGCUAUAUUGGAGGUGUCUUUUAAUGGGUCGUCUGAGAGAAAAAUUUACAUAUUAUUAUUAUAUUCCAACGAAAAUAUUUUGUAUUUUUUGAUAAUAAUGUAAGUCCGUUCAUCACAAGCGAACAACGAUGAUAAUAUAAUGUACAAGUGCAACUACAACUACCGAAUUAUAAUUAUAUAAUAAUAUUGUCUAUUAUUCCAAUGUUUGUUUUGUAGCUACGUUUUAUAUAUAAUAUUGUUAUUAUUGUUAUUAUCAAGCGCGAGGCAUUAUUGUGUGCGGCAACUAAUGAAUUAAACCUAUUAAGCCCAAAAAUGCGUUGAUCGACGUUCUAAUCAGUAAAGUUUUAUAUUAUUUAACCUUUUUUUUUCUUUUUUUUUUAAACUCUUUUUGUUUCGUUACAUUGUGUUUGGGAUAACAAUGGUUUUCAGUAAACAGUAUAUAGGUAC